AUAAUAGCGGAAGUCCUGCCCCGCCUGGGCGGAACUUCCGGCUGCAGCGCCCUGGGGUUUGUGCUGACAGAGCGGAGUUGCAAGCGCCGGGAUGGUGCUGCUGGAGAGCGAGCAGUUCCUGACGGAGCUGACCAGGCUCUUCCAGAAGUGCCGGUUGUCGGGCAGCGUGUUCAUCACCCUGAAGAAGUAUGAUGGUCGAACUAAACCCAUUCCGAGGAAAGGUACUGUGGACAGCUUUGAGCCUUCUGACAACAAGUGUCUGUUAAGAGCUACUGAUGGGAAAAAGAAGAUCAGCACUGUGGUGAGCUCCAAAGAAGUGAAUAAGUUUCAGAUGGCUUAUUCAAACCUCCUCAGAGCCAACAUGGAUGGACUGAAGAAGAGGGACAAAAAGAGCAAGAGUAAGAAGAACAAAGCAGCACAGUGAAGGGCACCACACUUUUGCUUUCUCCACCUAACCACUGAUUUGCUAUUUCUCCUUUGAUUUUUACUUUUGGCCACAAGGCUAGGCUUCUGGCUCCCCCUUAGUGGCUGUUUUCAUAUGAGAUUUUGAGUCAUUCUGGAGGGAGGAAGGGCAGAAGAAGGGCUACAAUGUUUACAGGGUAGCUGUGGUAAGAAGCCAGUGUAUUUUAGACCUCUGGCUAAUUGGUCUCUGUUGGAUGUUGUAUAUUCCUGGAUUGUAGUCUAAAGUCUCUGUAGCCACCUGUGUGAAGGGCAAUGUAUCAUUAAACCCAUCUAUUUAUCAGCA